AGCUCUUUAGUCCGCCGAUAAACCCACUAAAGAAAGAAAGAGCUCGCGUGUGAUGUGUUUGUGUAUCCUCCGUGUUUUUCUCUCUUGAGUGUUUUAAACAGAGUCUUGUCUCUGUGUAUUUUAGUGUUGAUGAUGGAUGUGAUGUGCUGUAAAUCAGGAACUGAUCAGGGCUUACAGGAUGAGGAAUCUACUGAUCAAACCUCCACAGAGUCUCUGGAUUCUGUCUGUAACGCUGGAGAACAGCAGCAGAUCCUGCAGACCAAACUCAAGAUUUGUUCAGUCAAACUCAUCGACUGCACGAACCUCAUGAUGAAGAUCAAAACUGAACCUACAGAAGAAAAAACUGAACCUACAGAAAUAAAAACUGAAUCUACAGAAAUAAAAACUGAACCUACAGAAGAAGAAUAUGAAGACAAUCAGGAUGGUCAUGAUUUUAUUCCUUCAGAUGUGAAGAGUGAAUUAUGUUUGGAUGGAGAAAUAACGUCCUCGACUCUUUCCUGCAUCACUGGUGUGGAGACAUUGAGCUCACAGAGACAUUUAGAGAGAAAACACACAGAACAUGAACCUCAUCUGAUGAAACACACCAGUGAAGAGAAACGCUUUAAGUGUUCACACUGUAAUGACAGUUUUGGUCAUAAAUCUGGUCUUAUAAUCCAUGAGAGAAUUCAUACUGGAGAGAAACUUCCUCACUGCAAUGUUUGUGGGAAGAGUUUUCAUCAACAUGAACAUUUAGUGUCACAUCAGAGAACUCAUACAGGUGAAAAACCUUACAAAUGCUCUCAGUGUGGGAAGUUGUUUGCUCAGCCAGGUUACUUAAAAAUCCAUCAGAGGGUUCAUACUGAAGAGAAACCUUACUUCUGCUCUCAGUGUGGAAAGAGCUUUUCUGAUCCAUCUCAAUUCCGAAUUCAUCAGAGAGUUCAUACUGGAGAGAAACCUCAUAUCUGCUCGAUCUGUGGAAAGAGAUUUGUUUAUUUUAGAAGUCUUCACAAUCAUCAGAGGAAAAAACAUUUCUAUAAAUGAUGAAAAAUCAAAGGUUGUUUUUACCACUGUAUUGAAUUUUCACUAUUUUGCCAGACAAAUAAACAGGUCAACCAAUGAGAUCUGAACAUUACGUCACAUUCCCGGAUGGCUGAUUCUUGCCAUACUUCCAUUGCCAAAAUGUACGCGCAUAUGUUGCCACGUCAUCGUUGUAUAUAAACAGUAAAAAGGGUCUAUUGACAGCACAUGUAAACACAUCAUUGAAACAAGUCAAUUUGAGUUAUUUGUAUAGGGCUUUUCACAGUUGUUCAUUGUUGAUUAUUGUGUUUCUCUCCUUACAAUCUCUCUCUCUCCCCCUCACAUUACUCAUCUUGUUUUAAAUCUCCUCACAAUCUCUCUCUCUCAAGUGUGAAACCAUACAUAUUUGGUAUUGUUGUAAUGGUCUCAUGUGUCUGGUAAAAGGGUCUCAUUCCUUUAAGUAAUAAAUAAAUAAACACCAUUCUGUAAAGCUACGGGUAUUUAGAGGAAGGUGGCAGAGAAUUCUAGGAAUCUGUAGACUGAUUUUCUGCAUGAUUGCUGUGUAGACAUUUCUUAUGAUUCAUUAAUGUGUUCAAUUAGUUGAAUUUUUAUUUUAAUUAUCAUGUUGCUUACCUGGCUAAUAAAUUAUGUUAUGCAUGGAUUUA